UGUUCCAAAUUCAAAAGCGAAACAAGACUCUCCAUCCCGCUCGCAAAGGGAUCUCGACGCGACAACGAAACGAGAGGGAGACGUUCUGUCGAGCACCGUUGUUACAUGAUGUAACCAUGUUGAAAUGAGAAAGAAAGAUGCAACGAUGAGAAAGUGUGAACGAGACAAGAAAACGUGUCGAGGUUGAUCACAGUGGUAGAGUGCGAAGGGAACGUGCUACCGUGCGUUCUACUAUUUAUAAUCAAAUGGUUCGCGGCUGUGUGCGUGUGUGUACUUACGUUAUGCACCGCACCAACACACGGGGCGCGCGUUGAGCGAGGCAAUGAUGUGCACGAAGUAUUAUCCCUUAUUACACGAUUUGCUUCCGCAGCGGCCGCACGUACAACAGUCGUCAGCCGACCUCUUUUGUCGAUCGCCGUGCGAAGUGCAGAUUUGUUUACAUCAAAUAACCGAAGCGAUGCAUAGCGCGUUAGUUGGCGCGGUCGUGCUGUCUAUCGGUCGGUUAUCCAGUUACGAGUGAAAUGGACAAUGCUCGUACGAAGUUUUGCGUAGAAACUUUUUUAGUGAACUUGUGAACUUGCUGAGGUCGUACCGAUAACGUGAUCUCGGCGAAGUCAAAUUUCGAACUGUGAAUUUUAUACGUAUCUAGAACUUUUUGUGCCAUAAGAACUGUGAGUGUGAUUGUUUACGUCGGUAUCGUAAUAUUAUUGAACUUUUUUCAAGUCAAGAAUUCCGUUUGCGAACAAAUAUCGGAAGGCAGAACUUACGAAAUUUUCGACAAUCCGUAACAAUUCUCGGUGAAGUGGCGAAUUGUAAAAAUAUUAAGGGAGAAAAAAAAAAGAUAUUACGCUGACGAGACACAAUAAAAAAGCGAGAGCCGCUCAGUUCAAUCGCUCACGCAGCAUUUAUGCAUAAGAAACAAACGGCGUACUGUCCACGAUUCUUCCGUAGGAAAAGACGCUGCGAGAAACAACAAUGGCUAUAGCAUUCAAUCUGCCAAGUGAGAGAGAGGCAACCGAGGAGAACUUCUCUAGGUUGAACCGACUCCUAGCCGAGUUGUACGAGGUGCUCUGCCACAUCUUGGUAUCAAGGCAACCUGGCCAAGAGGCCCAGGAGAACAGACGAGACCGUCCAUACUCCGAGUCGGAUAUCGAGCGGCCCACCACCUCACUACCACAAACAAGACGCUCAGCGUCGUCCCCUCCACUCACGCUGACCUUCGACACGGACUUCGACGAUGACGUAUUCGUUUGUCCCAGAACUGACAACGGCAACGAUCCCUUCUCGACCACAAACCUGGAGAUCUUCAGCUACGGAAGUCCCAGAACUCCAGCGGGAGUUUUACUCAGUCCAAGACGUGAUAGAAAAUUUACAUUCUCCGUGUCGAGCGAAAAACACUGGAGAGACAAGGGGGGAACGGAUGUGGCUGAUGGCAUCACAAACGAUACGGAUGAGAUCGACGCAGCAUCAACUCAAGACGACGAAGGGUCUAAAGGGUCUCUCCUGUCAUCCAUUUUACCCAGCAAGCUGUCUGGGUCUAUAUGUACUGCGGUAUUGUUAAUGCUAGGUUGGAAGUUGUUCUCCAACAAACGAUGAAUUAAAAUCGCCAACCUACAUUCAUGGCAUUACGCAGCAAUGUAUAGCGUGUUACGAAUAAUAUCGUGUUAUUCUAUACAACACGCUUUUUUAUAUAUAUAUAAUAUUAUUGUAAGUACAUUUUUUAUACAUAUUUAACCAUUUUAUAUUAUGUGACGUAAUAACGCACGACUUUGGCUAAAGUUGUGUGAUUGUAAAUGCGUCUAAUCGAACGCACAUAAUGUUGUAAAUUACUAUUUUUGAAAUGUAUAACACUUUUUAAUAUAUAAAUAUAAUUAUAUGAUGAUGUAUUCAGAUCAAAAUAUAAUUGUGAAGGUAUAAAAAAUUACGACUUUUUACGUAUAUUUUGUUAAUUUAUUACGAACGAAUUGAAACAAUUAUUAUUUUAAUGACAGCGAUUAUAUAAUUAUCUCUGAAAUUAUAAUAUUUAAGUUAAAGAAAUUAUUAAUUUGAAAUUAUAAAUUAAUAAUAAAUAUUGUGUAUAAAUAUCAAAUUGAAAUCUGAAGUGUCAUUUUGGUAUUGUAUAAAGUUUUAUACAUUUUGCGAACGAAUCAAAAGAAAGCGCCGAGUAGUUUUUAUAAUGAAAUAUUUGUAUUGUUAUUAUUAUUAUGUAAAUGAAAUUAAUUAUCUCUCUAUACUGUAACAUUAUGGCCAUUAACUGAUAAACUAUGGAAAAUUCCAUAAACGCAGUCCAAUUUGAUAUUUGCGAUUCUAUUGUUAUUAAAAUAAUUAUAAAAUAAUUAAAACGUCAAUUUAACAUUCCGCUUUUGGUGUUGAAAUAUAUCCAUAGUUAUAUAAAACGCGUACAUAAAUACAAGAAAUAUUAUUACGUAGUUAUAUAAUAAUUAUAAAAUUAAACUAUUUUGUAAAAUGGACCAGCUAUUUGAGAUUGUAUAAUGUAUGAGUGUCAUAAAGAUAGAUAGAUUUUAUUUAAAGAAAAAUGUAAUAAAAUGUCCGUUUUUUUUUUUCACAAAUUGUUCCAAAGAGAGCAAACCUAAAAUAUAUCAUUGAUCUCAUUUUAUUAUUUUUUUUGUAAUAAUGGAAAUGUUAAUUUAGAAUACCUUAAUGUUUAAGCAUAAGCCAGUUGGGUAGGGUUCGUGCCAAGUUGUUUAUGGUGGAGAUUUUAUCAGAGAUGGACUAUUUUAAUAUUAUAAAUAACUUUAACUGUGUAAAUAAGUAUAUAUAAGAAAAAAAUCAAAUGCCUCGUUAUAUCUGUUUUUUAAUGUCCAAUUUUUAAAAAAAUAUUUAUAUUAAUAUUUUAUUCUGUAUUCUCAAAGAAUCAUGAAAGAAGUAUUUUAGAGAGUAAGAAAGAUUUUACCUGACUGCCAUGGGAUGGAGAGUAGUAUUUUUUCAAGUGUAUGUACUAUGUGUAAACUAACUGACUCGAUAAUUAAUGAGGGUCUCCCUAAUUUUAUUGAGGGGGUGCUAUGUAAGAAUGAUGGACGACAGUAUAAUAAGUAUAGUGCCAUAAACUUAAACAAAAAGAAUUAAUAAUAAAAAUUUACUAUACAAAAACAGUCGGGACUUUGUGACUUUCUUAUAAAGUAUUUUGUCGGUGAGUGAGGACAGAUAUAACAAGGCUUUUGGUGAUGUGUAUCUACAUUACUACCAAACGUAAACAGUCCGAUAUAUUUCGACUAGUUGUUUGGACUCAAAAACAUAUUAAAUAUAAAAUAUAAUAUUGUUUAAUAUAAUACUCCAUUAGUUCGAUGCUAGUUGAUUACUCGUAAAUUUAAGUUUUGAGGCUUCGAUUUACUCUUGUCUCAUUAAUUACUGAUAAUGUUAUCAAAAGUCCCGUUAUUGGUUAUUAUCAUCAAUUCUAGAGAACUGUUUAAUUCUUGUAUUAUUUUUUUUCUUUUUAUAUAAAAUUCAUGAAAUUUAAUUUUUAGCGAAAUUUGUUACACAAAUUAGUCAAAAAGUUUUGAUAGAUAAUUGUGAUGAUAACAAAACUAUAAUGGGUUUUGUACACAUAAAAGUUAUUUCGACGGGAACAAGUAUUUUGGGAACAAAACUGUGUUGCUUUUUAGAUACCAUUUUUGUGUUUAGUAUUUUUAGUAUUUUGUUUUAGAAUUACGAACUAUAUAGAAGCAUGUGUUCAAAUGUGAUAUUGUAUUUAUUUAAGAAGAUGAUUAAAUAAAAAAAAAAAGAAGUUUUCCUAAUGAUCUCUUGGAAACUCUUAUUUGCCGGAUGAAUUUUGCUACUUUGUGCUACCAAGUUAAAAGAUAUAUAUGUUUAAAAGGUUAUUAUUAUUCGGCUUAAUUAGUUAGUUUUAUGUUGGUGUAAUUUUUUUCCAAUUUGAAACUUAUUCGUAACUAAAAUCUUUGGUCUCUCUGAUUACUUAAUUUUAUGCUUAUUAUAUUAUAUAUUUUGUUUGUAUCCAAUAGAUAUAUUACAAAUAUAAUAUUGACUUGCCCAUUAUUAGAUACACAAAAAUCUAGCACCUCGAAUAGAAAAAAAAAAUAUAAUCUUAAACUACGAGAAUAAACUGUCGCCUGAUAGCAAAAUAUUUGGUAGAACAAAGUAAAAUGCAAAAUAAACAUAAAAUAAUGCAUUUAAGAGUUUUGUACAUAAAAUUAAAAUUGGUAUGCUUAACGCACUUAAGAAUGUAAACAUGUAGAGAAAAUUUUCUAAAUUUCCAUAAUUAACGCUUUACAUGAAAUGACAUGUAUUUGUUAUAUAAGACACAAUUUUAUAUACUUCCUGGUUAUUUAAUUCACCUUAAACACAAAUAUGUUUAUUAUUUUGUAUAUUAAAGUUAUUUAAAAUAUUUAAUAAAAUAUUUAUAUAUAGUCAAUAAAUGAAAUUAAAAAAAAAAAAAA